GCGAAGAUUUGCUUUUUCCAAUAUUUUUAAUCUCCGUGUUGAAGCUCACCGGUGCACCGUAGACGUCUACCGCUAAGCUCACACCUCCGAGCCUCACCCCGCAAACAACACGAUGGCAGGGACAAGCAGUUCAGCUACCGUUCUGGUCUUGCUGUUUUCGCUGUUCCUUGUUGCUGAAUGUCACAAGCACGGUGGCCGACAUCGUGCUGAUAAUGAUGGAUCGUCAGCAGUCGCCACGGUGGCACCGUCAGCCGAACAAAUCCACGUUUCAUUCGGCCGUAGCACUAGCGAGAUAGUGGUGAUGUGGUCCUCCAGGAACAGCAGUAAAACUAGCAGUGUUCAGUAUGGCGGCAGCAGCAGUAGCAGUCCACUUACUGAAAACCUGAACGUGUCGGUUGCUGCUGAGUGCUGGCAGUUCACUGAAGGCAAUCCUGAUGGCGUCCAGUGGCUUUAUCGAGCCAGGCUUCAGAACUUGUCUCCCGGCAAGUCGUACAAUUAUCAAAUCAGCUCCGCACCUGGCGUGGUUGCCAGUGACGUCUUCUCUUUCUCCGUUCCCGAGCUGCUGGAUGAGGCGUACCCAAUGCAAGUUGUGAUGUUUGGUGACAUGGGUAAAGUCGGUGGUAGCGCCACCUUGCCCCGUCUGAAGGAUGAAGCAAAGGCCGGGGACAACGUGGCCAUGUUUCAUGUUGGUGAUUUUGCCUACGACUUCCAGGAUGAUGGAGGAAAGCGAGGUGAUGACUUCAUGAACAGGCUGCAGGAUGUUGCUGCCAACAUUCCUUACAUGACCUGCCCGGGAAAUCAUGAGAUAGCGUAUAACUUUAGCCACUACCGCAAUCGCUUUGCAAUGCCAUCUGACGAUGCAUCUCCAGCCAAUGAUCACUUGUGGUGGAGUUUGGACAUUGGACCAGUGCACUUCUUGAGCUAUGACACUGAGGUAUACUUUGCUCGCGAAGACCUGAUCCAGGCUCAGCUGGACUUCAUCAAUGCCGACUUGACCCGUGCUGCGGAUCCUGCUCAGAGGAAGAAGGUGCCGUGGAUUGUUGCGUUUGGUCAUCGUCCAAUGUACUGCUCUAACAUUGACAAUGAUGACUGUACCACACCAAAGUCCAGAGUCAGAGCUGGACUAGAAGCAGUCCUGUACAAGUACGGAGUUGAUUUCAUCGUUGAAGGCCAUGAGCAUUCCUACGAGAGACUGUACCCAGUGUUCAAUGAGACCGUCACACAGAAGAACUACACCAAUCCCAAAGCACCCGUUCACAUGAUAUCGGGUCAGGCCGGGUGUAACGAGGACAGCGGGAUAUGCGUCAAUCCGAUUAAAGGAGAGAAAGGUGACUGGUCAGCAUUUCGUUCCUGGCAACAAGGCCAGUAUGGCUAUGGUCGACUGAAGUUCCUGAACGCCACACACGCACAGUGGUCCCAGGUGUAUGACGUUGCCAAGCUGGGCGAAGACACCGUCAUCAUAGAGCAGCAGAACCAUGGGCCGUUCAAUUGAAGAUGUCCGACAGUCACGGAUAGUCUGACCCAGUGUAUGCCACCAUGGAGCAGCCCUGCAUGCCAUGGAGCAAUUUUCCCCUGUCAUGCCAUCGACCAGUUCUGAAUACGUUGAAGCAACCCUGCAGCCCUGCACAGGGUCUUGACUGCUACUUACUCGUACGUCUCAGCUCUGCUACAUAUACAUGUACACUACGGUGGACAAUUGAAUUUUAUCUCAUCCUACUUUAUCUCUGAAAUGGAAUAGCGACAAUUAUUUUUGUUAACAUGGAAUUGGGAUUACGACCGGAAAGUAGAGAAAUAUGCACACUCCCGUGUUCCGGCAGUUAGGGAUGGCAUUACCGAGGGGCCUGAAAUAUUACUGAAUUGAAGUAUGUAUUCCACAGGCGCUAGUUCAGUUGAACGGAUGGCCGUAUAACUUUACAAGACAGUUGUUGACAGUUGGACCGUGCCCUGUUAUCUGGUGUUAGUGUAGUACAUGUACCGUCAGGCUAGCAUAACUAUCAUGGUGCGCCGAGCUCGAGACUCACAUGGGGCGGGGGUGGCAGGAGAAGGGUACUCACAAUGGAAGACUUUACUAGUAUUGUGGAGUCAGGUACAUCCCUACCUCCCAUUCAAGUUCUUACCAUCCAUUUCUAUCAUCAUGAUGUGAGUUCCUGACCUUCCUGUGUUCCUGUUUCUCAUGGCACAAUUGUAUGCGAGUGUUGGAACGUUAUUUGACACUCAGU